GAAAAAGCCUAGAUCUGUGCACUACAAUGGCCAAUUUUCCUGUCUCAUCGUCACAGCUUUGUAAAUUUCUUUUCAAGAGAUUAGGUAGAAACUUGUGUACAAAUCUGUCCGGAGGAGAAUCUGCGCUCAUGUUAGAUGAAGUUUUGAAGCAGCUCGAUUUAAAAGAUGGGCAUACUAUUCUUGAUAUGACAUUUGGUGAAGGCUUUCAUACUGAAGCCAUUUUAAGAACUAAUCCUACGGUCAAUGUGAUAGCUUUAGACAGAGAUCCUCAUGCUUUCCUUAGAGCAGAAAAACUUGCGGGGAAAUAUCCUGGUCGAGUGAAACCUCUGUUGGGGCGUUUUAGUGACCUGCCAAUGCUUCUGAAUCCAUUGGGAAUUUCACGAAAUUUCCUUGAUGCCAUUUUCUUAGAUGUAGGCUGCUCUUCAAAACAGCUCAAUGAUGCAGGACGUGGUUUCUCUUCUGAAAUUGAUGGCCCAUUGGAUAUGAGAAUGGAUGGCUCUGAUUCCUCUGGCAUUACAGCUAUGGAUGUUCUAAUGACUGCCAAUGAACAUGACUUGGCUCGAAUAAUAAGGAUAUAUGGUGGGGAAGAGCAGAGCAAAAAAAUUGCUGGAGCUAUUGUAAAAUGUAGACAUACAUUUGAACCUUUGAAAUCCACGCUACAGUUAAGAGAUUUUGUUAGAGGAAUUUGUGAUGCAAAAAGCAAUAGAGCAGUACAAAAUGUAUUUUAUGCUCUACGAACAUUUGUCAAUAACGAAUUUAAUGAACUUAAUUAUGCUAUGCUCUUGGCAGAGCAAUAUUUGAAGAAGGGUGGACGCAUUGUAUCAUUAACAUUCAAUCACUUAGAAGAUUUAAUUGUAAAGAGACACAUCACUGGUAAUGUCUUGGAAAAUAACCCAAAUCCAGUCCCAUUGAAAUAUUACAGCCAGUCUUACAAUUUGACCCCAGACGAAAUAAAUGAAUUGAGAAAUUCCCAGUGGUCACCCCUGACAAAGCAUGUCAUAACUGUAAAAGGGCAUUUUAAUCACCCUGAUGGUCGUGUUAGAAAAGCAAAGCUAAGAGGAGCUAUGAAAUUGUAAUCUAGGAACAAAUUGGAAUUGAUAUAUUCUGUGUAAUGAAUCAUAUUAGUACAGUAAAUAAAAUAUUGACAAAUAAAA